CCCGUUAUAGUACCCCUUGUGCCCAUUUAUUGAAAAUUCACGUAACUUUUUUAUACUUCGUUUUUUAUAAAUUCAAUCACUUUUCUAAUCACACAUCAAUAUGACAUCGUCUAGUCAUAUGGAAGGUGUCACCGAUACCGAAUGGCUGGAAGAUCUCCUUAAAGAAGUUCAACUAGAACAGUUCCUAGAACGUAUACGCGAUGAUUUACAAGUCACACGUCUGGCACAUUUCGAUUAUGUACAAGCCGAAGAUUUGGAACGUUGUGGUCUGGGUAAACCGGCCAUAAGACGUUUAAUGGAAGCGGUACGCAAGAAAAAAGCCCAACAAUGGCGUAAAAAUAUUCUAUCGAAAUUGAUAGGUGGCGGUAAACAGCCAUCGUCGAAAAAAUCCUCAAAUGCCACAAAUAAAGAUAAACAACAGAAUACUCAAUUAACCUGCCUAAUACAUGAGAAGGAUAUAACGCUGGGCAAUAAACUGGGUGAUGGUUCGUUUGGUGUAGUGCGCCGGGGAGAAUGGUUAACGGCGCCCAAUGGCAAACAUUUGCCGGUGGCGGUGAAGGUUCUUAAAGCGGAUAAUCUUACACAACCCGGCAUUAUAGAGGACUUUUUUCGUGAGGUGCAGGCUAUGCAUGCCUUAGAUCAUUCAAAUUUGGUGCGUUUAUACGGUGUGGUGCUAUCCCAACCCAUGAUGAUGAUAACGGAAUUGGCCGAACGCGGUUCCCUACUCGACACUUUGCGCAAACAGUGCAAACAUACUCCUUUAACUACAAUUUGGAAUUGGUCGGUACAAAUUGCCACUGGCAUGGCCUAUUUGGAACAAAAGAGAUUUUUACAUCGUGAUUUGGCCUGUCGUAACGUGUUGUUGGCUUCAGGAAAUAAAAUCAAAAUUGGUGAUUUUGGUUUGAUGAGAGCUCUACCUCAAGAAGAUGACUGUUAUGUUAUGUCUGAACAUAAAAAAGUUCCUUUUCCCUGGUGUGCUCCGGAAUCGUUGCGCUUUAGACAAUUUUCUCAUGCCUCCGAUACCUGGAUGUUUGGUGUUACUUUAUGGGAAAUGUUUACCUUUGGUGAAGAUCCUUGGGUGGGUUUAAAUGGUUCGCAAAUUUUGCGUAAAAUCGAUAGGGAAGGUGAACGUUUACAUCAUCCGGAGGCUUGUCCGCCAGAUGUAUAUGAAAUGAUGUUACAAUGUUGGGAUAAGACACCAGCUGAACGGCCUACUUUUGCUGCUAUAAAAGAGUUUUUGGUGGGCGUAUCACCACAAGUGGUCAAGGCAGCCAAAACUUUUAAUGAAGCAAAUCGUUUACAAAUAGAGGCUGGUGAUACCAUCGCCAUUAUUGAUGGUAGACCCGAACUUAAAUUGAUUAAGGGACAAAACCAAAGAACCUUCGAUAUCGGCAUCUUUCCGCGUCAAAUUUUGGAGAAAACCAAACAAACCAACAGUGACCUCAUACGACCAAUGCAUGAAAACCUUAGAGCUACCGGUCAUUCGGGUUCUCCAUUUGGUUUCUGUUGGGGCGGAGCUGGCACCAUGGCCACUAGCAGUAGUGAAAUGCAUGCUGAGAGAGCACGUAAAACAGCUUCUCUGCAGGCUCAAUCCAUGCAGCAGUUGCAUCACGCUAAAGAACGUAAAUCUAUUGUUAACAAACAAUUCUCCUAUAAUAAGCUGGUAAACGAGAGGGCGGUUGAAUUGCAGCGCCAUCAAUCUAUGCAGUCUGCUGGUGGCAGUGGGAAAAAUAAAAGUGGCAAAAAUAAAGGACCACAAAGGCCCCCACCACCUCAACUGCAGCAGCAACAAGAAGGUAUACUAAUUGAUAUAUCCCCAGAAUUUGGUGGUGGUGGUGUUAGUGGUCCUUCUUCCUCCACACAAAACUCCUCCUUACUGCACUUGGGUGAAAGUUCUUCAAUGCAUGUUGAUAGCACUUUUUGCAUACUCGAUGCUCCUAUAGAUGUGCCUACCGAAGGAGAGGACUAUUUGGACAAUGAGGCUUCCAACCCCAGUAUUAUGCCUCCAACUCCUACAACUCUUAAUAAUUUUGAAUUUGGUGCUUCGCCUUCACGUCCGCAUCCACCUCCUUAUCAAAUGCCACCCACAUACUCGAAUACAAUGGAAUUUAGUCAACAGCAAACGCCAGCAAGAGAUCCCUUUGAUACCAGUAGAAUAAGUUUCAAUGGCGCUAACAACACCAACACAUCCAAUGACGAUAUUAAUGCUUUAUACUCGAAUGUGAUAAAAACACAGCAACAAGAUACUCCCCUAAGAAAUACUUCCUUACAAAAUUCUAAUUUUAACAGUCCUGCAGCACGUAAAAGUCUAUUUGGUGCUGGCACGGCUACAGCCACCACAGCUUCCAACUUAUCAUUGGCGGGCAACAAAGAAAACAUACCACAAAUGCCUACAGAAACAGCUAGCCACAACUUAACAACUCUUAGACAAUAUGAAACCACAAAAAUACAAACGUCAACAAUAUCAGCUGCAGAAGAUUCGGCAUUGCAAAGAAACUUAAGUACACUUUCGUUGGAAAAACAAACAACCACUACACCAGCCGCAGCAAGCACUAACGAACAAGUAGUUUUGGAUAAAAGCUUUAUAGCUGAAUUGGAAAAGGAUAUGUAUACGAAUGAAGGACAAAAGGAUUAUGAACGCAAUUCUUCGCAAAUGUAUACCAACAAGGAGGCAGUAUUUAAACAAAAUCUAACACCCCUUAAAAAUUCAGCAGCAGCCAGUCACUCAAAUCACUCCAGUCCCUCUUCCAUAAAUGGAGCUUCACCAAAAAUGCACAAUAUUGAAAGGCAGGCUGGGCAUUACAAUGUCUUAGAGAAUCGUAAUAGCAUAUAUGGUGCUGCACCAAGCGAUACUAUAGGCCAAAAACCCAAUAAUUUAGAAAACGCUUCCGCCAAUAAUACUCAAAGUGUGGUCAAUCGUAUAUGGUAUGAAAGGGUAGCUAAUCAAUCGGAAUACUAUGCCCAACCAGCUUUAGAAAAUAUCUACUCUAAUCAAGGCAUCUAUCAGGCCACACCUGUUGCCACAGCCACUUCCGCUAAUGAAACUAAUCAUAGUUUUGUAGCCAUAUCCAAUCGUGUAGUGGCUCCCAAAACCGCCAAUCAAGUAUAUGCCUCUGCGGCUUCUAUCUAUGGCAGUGUAACAGGACAUAAUAUGUAUGAUACGGUUGCACCUACACCCUCCACCUACUAUGGGCAAAUACCUUUAAGUCAUAUCUCCAACAGUAAUGGCCAAAGCUAUUCCAAUGGCACAGCUAAUAAUCCAACACAACCGGCUAUUUAUGAUGAGGUAACUUUAGAUGAUUAUCUACGGCCACAUCGUCCUGCUCCCUUAGCUCCGCCUCAGCUAUCUGCCCAACAGAUACAAAGACGUCUGGAGAAACUAAAGAAACAGCAGGAGUCACAAAUGGAAGGCAGCAGUUCGUUGUAUGCCCCGCCGCCUUCGGACUAUGAGAGAGAACAUCAGAAAAUACAACAGAUGAUGCAGGAUUUAGGACCAAAUACUCAAGAAAUCGAUGUACGAAAUGCUUUAAGAGCUGCCAGUGGUGAUACGAAUUUAGCUAUAAGACACUAUAAAAUUGAUCAAUUAUCAAGACUUGGUCUUGCUAAUCGUCCUCAAUGUGAACAAGCUUUACAAAAACCGGCUGGAGUUUAGAACUUGCAGCUGCUGUUUUAUUAGAAACUACUUCCUAAGCUAAACCCAAAAUACGAACAACAACUACAUAUAACAGCAACAACAUAAUCCAACACAACAACAACAACUUGAAACCCCCAUCAAAUCAUUCCAUAGUUCCCAAUUAAAUCACACUACAGAAAAUAAGUAUUAUGACAAUUUUAAACAUAGAAUGAAUUGAAUUGAAUUGAAUAGAAACCUGUUAUUUUAAAUGUGAUUUUAAAACAGUACAAUUACGAAAAAAACGACAUCACUAAAAUGAAAAUUUGAUUUUUAUAACCAAACUUUUUUACAAAUCCUUAAACACUACAAUAUUGGUUUUGUUUUAGAACAAUGAAGCUUAUAAUACGAACAAUAAAACCGUCCUUAUUUAAAAAUAAAAUCGGUUUAAUAUAACAAAUUUUAUAUUUGAAUUUAUAUUGAGUCUUGCAAACAAACAAAUCAAUCAUUUUACACAUCCCAUUUUAUACAUUUUUUUAUAUUUAAGAAUUGUGUACGAAAACUAAACUAAAUGUUUAAAAUUAAGGCAGCUGUUUAUUGAUAAAAUAACAACUUUAGUAUUGAAAUGUUUUAAAACAAUUUCUAAAGCUGUCUUAUUAUUGAUUUGAUACAAAAUUUUCUUUUUUAUAUGAAAAUCUUAGCCUACCCAUGAAUUCACCCCAAAAAAAGAAAUCAUUGUAUUUAAAUAAAAUACUGUUAUGCAUGCUUUGUAUUUUGUUAUCUAAAUGUAAAUAUUUAUUAUUUUUUAUAAUUAUUUUUUAAUUCCUCUGCCCAAAAUACAAAAUUUGCCGUUUAUAUGAUUAGAUUUUCUCUUAGUUUUAAGUUAUUUUAAAUAAAAUUUUAAUUAAAUGUCUGUUGCUUAAAUAUUAUUUGGUAUGCAACAAGUAUAAUAUAAUUUAAUUAUAAAAAUUAAUUUUUAUCU